AUAUUUUUUUAUAGGGGUCACAUCUUGCUUAAGUUUAAUGUGGCAAAGUUAGGCGACAAAGCCUAAAUCCAUCAUCAUCGUCUAACGCCUUUUUUCUCAAUUCCCCACUCGUUAUAUAUCCCAGACCGAGCCAUUCUUCUGAAAUCCUCCUCCUGAACUUUGGUCUUCUCCUCGUCGUCUGCCUCCUCGUCCCAAAUUCGCCUCGCCGGCCACCGGGUCGUCGCUUCCUCCUCCCCGCUCCCACUUUCUUCGCAAGUGCCGCGCGCUCACGCCACCAUCACGCGAACCCUCCUCGCUUGGCCGCGCCGCGAACCCGUCUCCAGGACUCCUUUCGCCGAAGCGCGUCCCCUCGAAUUCUUGCCUUCUAGUCGACGUUGCCACUGUCGUCCUCCUUUCUGCCGAUUCUGGACUGGAGGGCAGAUCCAUCCGGGCUCGGAUUAAUUUCUUCUUUUGUUGUACUCAGUAACUGAACUAGAACAGUUUGCAAGAGAGGAUCGUGAUUGCCAUGGAAGCUAGGAGAAUGGAUCAGAUUUGCCUGGCUGCUGUCAAUAGCCAGCCUUUGGUAGCUGAUGUUGAGCCAGUUAAGAAAGCCAGCGGGGACAUGCCUGCGACAACUGGAAGCGGAUGCUUCGACUGCAACAUUUGCCUUGAUUUUGCGGCGGAGCCAGUGGUUACUCUCUGUGGCCAUCUCUACUGCUGGCCUUGCAUCUACGAGUGGCUGCGCCCAGGGGUGGAAUCAACUGCCGGUGACAACAGCAGUUCAGCAAGGCGGCAGUGUCCUGUAUGCAAGGCAACACUCUCCCCGGACACGCUUGUGCCACUAUAUGGCCGCGGUGGGAGCUCAAAGAAAUCGCUCAAUGGCGUGGCCAUUCCACGCCGUCCAAUGGUGCACCGAGAGUCUGUUGAGCAUCAGAAUGCGCAGAGCAACGUCAAUGACCAUGACCACCAGAGCAUGGAAGGCAUCGAUCUGCACCAGCCAUUGCAGCACGCACACCACCAUUCCGGAGCCGCUGGAUUCAACUUCAUCUACCCUCCCGCACCUGUUGGACGUGGUUUGAUCCACUCAACGGCUGGAGGGGUGCUUGGAGGGAUGGCAGAGGCCGUGCUUCCAUGGGCACUCCGUGGCCAGCUGCCGGCGAGUAUGUACUACACAAGCCCUUACCAUGUCGCGGCGCAAAACGUGAACCCCAGGCUGAGGAGGCAGCAGAUGGAAAUCGAGAGGUCCCUGCACCAGAUCUGGUUCUUCCUCUUCGUGUUUGUGGUGUUAUGCUUGCUCUUGUUCUGAAACAAGACUGCUGUGCGCCUUCUGUAGAUAUUGAAACUGGAGGGGAUACUAAUGCAUGGACGAAGAGUACAGUAAAGAGGGUAAUGGCUGACGGUUUGGCCUGUAUCGAUAAGCAUGUGCGUAAGCAUGCUGAUAUAGAGUUGUAAUAUGUUGAGACAUGGGGGUGAAAUGCAGGUUUCAUUCUUCU